AGGUGACGAAGAAACUUUGCCCUACAAGGGAGCAGGCUGUGUCAUUCUUUACCCACUUACGUAAUGUGUGCAACUAGAGAUGAGCUGUGUGCUGCAGGAACCAAGAGGGAUGGAUCUUUGGCAGCUGUUGCUUAUUCUGGCGCUAGUUUGUGCAGACAGUUCUCUUUCUGCAGGUGAAGUUAUUUUGGGACGGCCACACACUAUCAAAUGCAGAUCACCUGAACAGGAAACAUUUUCAUGUCACUGGACUGAUAAAGAUUUUCACAACCUCACUGCUCCGGGAACAAUACAACUGUUGUACAUGAGAAGAAAUGAUGAAGAAUGGAAAGAAUGUCCCGAUUAUAUAACUGCCGGAGAAAACAGCUGUUAUUUCAACACAUCAUACACCUCUAUUUGGAUAACUUAUUGUGUUAAGCUUAUCAAUAAAGAUGACGUAUUAGAUGAAAAAUGCUUCAGUGUUGAUGAAAUAGUGCAACCUGAUCCACCUGUUGGUCUCAACUGGACCCUACUGAACACCAGCCUGACCAGGAUCCAUGCAGACAUCCAAGUGAGAUGGGACCCACCGCCAUCAGCAGAUGUACAGAAGGGAUGGAUUACACUGGAGUAUGAACUGCAGUACAAAGAAGUAAAUGAGACGAAAUGGAGGGAGCUGGAGCCCAUGCUCACAACAGUGGUUCCAUUGUAUUCUUUGAAAUUAGGAAGAGACUAUGAGAUUCGAGUACGAUCAAGACAACGUGCUUCUGAAAAAUUUGGGGGAUUUAGUGAAACUCUUUAUGUUUCUCUUUCUUCGAUUAGCUCAGUUCUGUGUGAUGAAGAAAUCCAGUUUCCAUGGCUCUUGAUUAUCGUCUUUGGAACAUUUGGGCUAAUAGUGGUGAUGUUCUUAAUUCUGUUUUCUAAACACCGAAGGUUAAAAAUGUUGAUUCUACCUCCGGUUCCAGCUCCAAAGAUUAAAGGGAUUGAUCCAGACCUCUUGAAGAAAGGAAAGCUAGAUGAAGUGAACUCCAUCUUAGCUAAUCAUGACAGCUACAAGCCACAGCUGUAUAAUGACAAUUCCUGGGUUGAGUUUAUCGAAUUGGACAUAGACGACCCCGAUGAGAAGACAGAAGGCCUGGACACCGACAGGCUCCUGGGUGACAACCAUUGUAAGUCUCACAACUGUCUUGGAGUGAAAGAUGAUGAUUCUGGACGUGCCAGUUGUUGUGAACCAGAUAUUCCAGAGACUGACUUCAGUGCUAGUGAUACAUGUGAUGGCACUUCAGAUAUUGAUCAGUCCAAAAAGGCAAGUGAAAAAGAAGAGGAUCUCUUGUGCCUUGAUCAAAAAGAUAAUAAUGAGUCACAUGCUAGUCCUGAUGACCCAACUGCCCAGAAGCCUAAUACUAAUAUUCAGUCUGAAGAUAACCAGUCAAAGCUGCCUUUUGCUGACAGUAUCGAAUCAACUAGGCCACCUGUCCAUACGCAACUAAGCAACCAGAGUUCAGGAGCAAAUACUGACUUUUAUGCACAAGUAAGUAAUGUUACCCCAGCAGGAAGUGUUGUACUUUCACCGGGGCAAACAAACAAGAGAAGGAGAACACAGUGUGAGGCCUACACAGAACCAGCUAUACCAUGUCAACCAAACUUCACCACAGACUAUGCCUAUUUUUGUGAGGCAGAUGUGAAAAAAUGUAUUGCUGUGACAUCUUGUGAUGCAGUUGAGCCACAUGCUCAGGAGCAGAGCUUUAAUGAGGAUGUUUACUUCACCACAGAGAGCCUUACCACCACUGCUGAGAAUCCAGGUGCAGCAAUAGUAGAAGCCUCAACUUCCGAGAUGCCUGUCCCAGACUAUACCUCCAUUCACAUAAUACACUCUCCACAAGGCCUUGUGCUCAAUGCUACUGCGCUACCUGUUCCAGACAAAGAAUUUAUGCUAUCUUGUGGCUACGUGAGCACAGACCAACUGAACAAAAUCCUGCCAUAGCCUUUCUUUGAUAAUAUGCGUACCGUAUGUAUUUAAUGGCAUAGAGUUGGCUUGGGCUUAUAUGCUUAAACCAAAAUCAGUGUUUUAAAACCUUUUUUUGUGGUUUCUUAAGCUUUUACCUGAAAAGUUAAAAUGCUAAAUCAAAAUAUUCCCAUUAUAUAUUGUAAAUAUUAUCUAUGAAUUGUCUCAAAAGACUGUUUAAUGGCAGUGACUGUCUUGUUAUUGUGGGUGUUGAUUUUGUGAUACUAAGCAUUCAAUGACUAUGUUUAAUAUACAGUAAAUCAUGCUUUUUGAAAAAGCUAAUGUCAGGUGGUUUUUGAAGUUUGAGAAUUUAAUGCAAAUUUUCACAUGCUGAGAUCUUUAUAUCAGUAAUGGGCAACUGAAAAUACAAAAUAGGUGGGAAAGUAAAAGUAGUUUGGAUAAAUACAUUUAUUUUGAAUGAUUAUAUACAUUAAUAAAUAUUUUAAUAUUCUAGACAACGGCAUGGAUAUUUUAUAUUAUACUACAUACUGUAGUUUAAAUAUAAUGAUCCAUCUAAGGAAUGUAUUUGCUGCAGUCAGAUAAGAGUCUGUUCCUGCUUCGGUAAUUGCAGAGAGCAAAGGAAAGAAUUCGUUUUUUACAGAGCCAUUUUUAUACCUCCAAAGAAACCAGUAGAGAAAUUUAAAAACUGUAGCAACUUACAUUAUCUGAUGAUAUUCAUUUCUUACAGUAUGUAUAGAAAAGUAUUAAUACAUUUAGGUUUUUCAGAAAACUUCAUAAUGUACAAAACAAAUGAAUCCAUUUUUCACCAGAGUCAGGUUAGUGUCAUUAAUACACAUUUUAUAUAGCAGUAGAAACAAUAGCAGGCUUUUUGUUUGCCAAGAUCUUUAAAGAUUUAUAAUUAUGCUUUUACUGAAUGAUUCUCAGAUACACCUGAAUAAGCUCUGGUGACUUGGCAGCUUUAUUUCUUCACAUGGGACCAAAUUCUGAAGUGCUCACUCAUACCAAUCUAUUGUUGAAGUCACUCACAGCUUUGACUGAGUAUUGACUAAAAGGUAAGUAAGGACUUCAGGAUUUGGCCAACAGUUCAUUUUUAAAGCUAAAACAGAUUCAAAUGAAUUUAACAGAACAAAGGAGUUUGAGUAAGGGGUUGUCCAACAGGGUGUUUUCUUUUUCACAGCCUACCAGAGACAGAGAGGCUGCGUCUAAACUGGCAUGAUUUUGUGGAAAUAUUUUAACGGAAAAGUUAUUUCUGCAAAAGAGUGUUUAUAUUGGCAAGUGCCUUUGCGCAA